UCACCCGAAUGUGACUGCCUUUGUCACAACUCGAAAACUGAACGCCGAAAUGCUUGAAACUAAGAAACCUUUGCUGGUGUUAUGCAUCAAAAUUGCCGUGAUCGUUCAAUGCUUGGUAUUUGCCAUGGGGAAUUUGGAGAUGGAAUACAUUGACAUCUACGACAUCAAAAGCUAUCAAUGCCCUGAUGGAGGCCUUCAGCUCCACCCGAAAAAUUGCCACGCAGUGAUUCUUUGCGUUGAAUCAUUAGAAACGGCAGAAUUUGUGCCCACUGCUGCUGUUCAGUGCCCACGAGGCUAUUCCAUUGACAAAUCGACAUUGCUAUGCGAGCCUGAGGCCGAUAUUACUCCAAUGUGUGAAACUGCUAGAGGUAACUCGUCGGUGACCUCUCUAGAGUUGCAAAUAGAAGAUGAAGGCGUUAUCAUGCCACGCUUUGAUACUUGUGUAGCUCGUGGCGCCGUCUGCAUCGACUGCUAUCGCAUUGCUUAUUGUUUUUGGCAGGGAUUGCAACCAACAUUGAUUAAAUUUUGCAAGAACUUAUAUGCAAACAAACCAGCGUGUAACAAGGCCUCAGACGCAGCACUUACAGGAAGUUGUGGAGCGACGUUCACUCAGGCUAACUGUCCAACAACGACAUCGUCGACAUCAACUUCUACAAGUACUUCAACAUCAAGUUCUACAAGUACUUCGACUUCCACUUCGACGUCAAGUUCUACAAGUACUUCCACUUCCACUUCUACAUCAAGCUCUACUAGUACUUCGACUUCCACUUCGACGUCAAGUUCAACAAGUACUUCAACGUCUACUUCCACGUCAAGCUCAACAAGUACUUCAACGUCUACUUCCACGUCAAGCUCAACAAGUACUUCAACGUCUACUUCCACGUCAAGCUCAACAAGUACUUCAACGUCUACUUCAACGUCAAGCUCAACAAGUACUUCAACGUCUACUUCAACGUCCAGCUCCACCAGUACUUCAACGUCUACUUCUACAUCAAGCUCUACUAGUACUUCAACCUCCACUUCAACGUCAAGCUCGACAAGUACUUCAACUUCCACGACGACUUCGCCACACCCGUGUCCAAGACGUGGCGCGGUUUGCACUGGUUGCGGCACCAUUGCUCACUGUUUUUGGCCCUACACUCAACCUCAGAUGCACAGAAAUUGCUCCUCCUUUUACCCUGGCCGGCCCUACUGUUCCGUCGAGUCGACAAACACCGAGCACAUCGCUUUUUGUUCUGCUGAUAUAACUAAAGCGCCGAGGUGUAAUUGAGCGCAGUUUCCAAAAUUACACCUGAGAAGAAAAAUUUUCUUGCAUAUUUGCUUUCUUUGAUCCUAAAUAAGUAAAUAAAUAAUACC